UGGCGGUAGAAAUUCCAACUUUUAUCCUUGAUUCUGCAUCGGCUAAGCUUUCAUUUUGCGCAGCUUUCAACACUGUUAACCGUUUCAAAAUCAACAGUUAGCCAGUUAGCAGCGCUGUUAAGGGCAUAACAACUUGUUGUCCUGCGGCUGUUAAGGAUACGAUUCGCCCAUUUCAACGCAUUCGUCAACAGACUCUCGUGCGGUUCGGUUCUCAGCCUCAGCCUCUGAAUUCUGCAACUCAUAUCACAGUCGAAAGGCACUGGUCGCUGGUCACUGGUCACUGGUCACAGUUCACAGUCGCAUUGCUUUUUCCGGUUUUCGAAACAAUUUUCGAAAGUGUUGAACAAAUUUUUUUUUGGUUUUUGUGCUAAGCUAAGAAAUUGAAAUUGAAAUAGAGCUUUGGCAGGCUUUGGCCACAAGCGUUUUGAAUAGCGUUUUUCCAAUUCAAGUAACGACCGAGCCGAAAGUGUGAAAGUGUGUGUGGCAAAUAUUUGAAUCCCAUUUGCGUUCCAAAUCGGCGGAGGAUUAAGCGGAGCAAGCUUGAGAGAAAAGAAAGAGAAAAGACCGCAGUCAAAGAAAUAGCUGGUCAGUCAGAAUGCGUCGCUCCUCGUUCACGCCGGUCUUCAAUCUGAGCACCCAGGAGCCGCUGAUCGUGGUGGAGGAGUCGCACACCGCCGAGGAUGGCGACGACCUUGAGGGGGCGGCCGGUGGCUGUGACCCAAACGCGGGCGGCACUCGGCGCUCGAACAGCGACGACUCGGAGCCGGACUCGCCGGUGAACCCGUACCUGCUCUGCCCCUUUCCCGACAUGCAGCAGCGGCGCAAGCACUCGCUGCCCUCGCUCCAAAUCACCGAGGGCAUCACCGCCAGCCAGGUGCGCCGCCUGUCGGAGGUGGGCGGCGAGACCGGCGGGCUCAGUCCCAAGGAGGUCGAGUUCCUGGCCACCCUCUCGCAGAAGGCCAAUCCCUCGGCCGGCGGACGACGCCACUCGGUGGUCACCAUCUCGGCGGUGCCGCCAACGCUAUUCGGACGCAAUCGCCGAGAGUCCAUUUCCGGCGUGUCCUUCAGUGGUGGCAGUCGCCGGGGCAGCGUGAUCGCCGGGCCGCCGCUGACCGACCACCGCGGCAGCGUGCACAACUUGCAGCUGGACAUCAUGGACGGGAUCGUGCAGCAGCGGAAGACGCGCAGCGGCAGCGGCGUUUGGACAGCGCCCGUUCUGCAGGAGGCCGACAGCAAUGUGCCCGUGCAGACAUAAGCGGUUGGCCAAAGGACACGCAGGACAUCUAUUUGGAUGGAUGGAUGGAUGGAUGGAUGGUUGGCUGGAUUGGCAAAAGGAUGGGGGGUGGGUGGUCACUGCAAAAUAUAUACAAACACCGCCACACGAACUGCAACUGGACCUUUAUAAACAACAACUCCUGUUUUCCUCGACACAACUUCCCCACCAAACACACCACUCACCCCCCUCCCCACCCCGAUCCCGAUUUUCCGCCGGGAAAUUGCUUUUCGCGGCUGCCGCAUAAAGCAAACAAACAAACAAGCCGCAAAACCACACGCAAAAAAAUCACACGAAAAAUGGCAGAGCGGGAAAACUGAAAAGAAAAUACAAAACAAAAAUUAUAAAACUUCGAAAAAAUGAAAACUGCAGCUUGAGAUAAAAAGAAAUAGUAGAAAAAAAAUAUAAAAAUGAAAGAAGAAAAGAAGGCAAGAGGAAAAUAAAAUAAAACGAAAUGAAAUGAAAUGAAAACAGUGGAAAACGCAUUGCGACCAUUUUUGAUUGCCAGCAAUUUCGGUUAACACCUGUGCCAUGUGCCACGCCCACCAAUGUCGCCAGUCCAACCGCCCAACCGCCCUCCCCCCCUCACCCCUCCCCCCACACUUGCGACUUAACAAUUGCCACCCCUUUUUUGCAAGGAUAAUUGCAAAUAAUAUUUAAUUGGAGUGUUAAAGAAGAAUGACAAAGGAAAGCAAAGAUAGCGCGCAACACUCGAAACUCGAAACCCCUUCCACGAAAUAAUGACAUUUCCAUUUCCCAAAUGGUCGAAAA